CAGUCCUCGAGAGCGAGCCCGGAACUUGCAACUUCUGCCUAGCGAGCCCAACUUCUGCGCGGGAUUCGGACUUGCAGAUCCCGAGCGGCGCACAGCGCGCAGUCGGGGCGGUGGCCCCGCAGACUCAGCCUCACCGAGAUGACCUCCCCACUGUGGUUCUGGUGCUUCUUCGUCUGGGCGGUCGACCGCUGGCCGCCAGGAAGCGCCCUACAGCUCCAGCCCGGCAUGCCACAUGUUUGCAAAGAGGAGAAGCUGACAGUAGUAGGGCUGUCACGCCCAUGCACCCAAGCUUUCAUAGACACCAUCAAGUUCUGGAAACAAGGUUGUACAGGCUCAAGGUGGUGUGUGGCAUAUGAGAGAAGGACCCGCUACUACACUGUCUAUAGGCAGGUGUAUGUCACAGAGCACAAGACAGUCUUCAGGUGUUGCCCUGGUUGGAGUCGAUGGAAUGAUGAACCAGGCUGCCUCACUUCUGUGUCUUCUCUGGGAACCCAUUUCAGUGGAAGGCUGUGCUCAGAUGAUGCUGAUCUACGGUGCCUGUGCUCACAAGGGUUCCAUGGACCCCACUGUCAAUAUGAUAUAAACGAAUGUGCUGUUGACAAUGGUGGCUGUCAAGACCAAUGCUGCAAUACGAUUGGCAGUUAUUACUGCAGAUGUCAAGCUGGCCAAAAGCUGGAGGAAGAUGGCAAAGGAUGUAAAGACAUCGAUGAAUGUGCGCUGGUGAAUGGAGGCUGCCAGCAGCGCUGUAUUAACACUCUGGGCACCUUCCACUGUGUGUGUGAUACAGGGUACAGACGCCAUGCUGAUGAACGCACCUGCAUAAAGACAGACACCUGUGCAGGUGGGAAUGGAUGUGCUCACCUAUGUCAAAGCGAGAAUGGUGUGGCCAGGUGUGCCUGCCAUGCUGGGUACCAGCUGUCUGAAGACAAAAAGGCCUGUGAAGACAUAAAUGAGUGUGUUGAAGAGCUUACUCCCUGUGCUCAUCGCUGUGUAAAUUCAGAGGGGUCCUUCACUUGCGCCUGCCACCCUGGCUUUGAGCUAGGGGCUGAUGGAAAACAUUGCUAUAGAAUUGAAUUAGAAAUUGUAAAUAUCUGUGAAAAGAACAAUGGUGGUUGUUCUCAUCACUGUGAACCUGCAAUUGGUGGACCCCAUUGUUCCUGUAACCAUGGACAUCAGCUCGAUACAGAUGAGAAAACAUGCAUAGACUUUGAUGAAUGUGAGAGCGGAGAUGCCUGCUGUGCCCAGCUCUGCAUCAACUAUUCAGGAGGCUACGAAUGCAGCUGUCAGGAAGGCUUUCAGAUCAGUUUGGAUGGUUGUGGAUGUGAUGCUUUAGAUGAUGAGCAGUUGGAGGAGGAAGAAGAAGUACUAGACAUCCUGAGGUUUCCAGGUCUUUUGGUUCAAAGCUCCCCUCAGCCAUUCCCUUAUCAUGCUCCUUCUCUGACCACUUCAUAUGAAGAUGAAAACAGUUAUGAAGAAGACCAGGAAGCAGCAGGAGAGUUCCAAGGGCUGUCAGCCUUGAAGAGAGUGGUCUGUUUAGAUGGCACCUUUGGUCUGGACUGCAGCUUGAGCUGUGAGGACUGCAUGAAUGGAGGUAGAUGCCAGGAAGGAGAGAGUGGGUGCCUCUGCCCAGAAGGCUGGAAUGGCAUUCUUUGCAAUGAAAGCAGCACCUUAACAACUGGGGAUCAGCAAGCUCCUUUGGCUUGUUCCACAGACACCAAAAGAAGGGAGUGCAGAGACACCUGCAAUUGUCAGAAUGGAGGCACCUGUGAUCCUCAGACUGGGCAGUGCCGAUGCCCCCCAGGGGUUUAUGGGAAAAUUUGUGAAGAAGGAUGCCUGAAAGGAUUCUUUGGGAAGAACUGCAAAAGGAAAUGUCACUGUGCCAACAAUGGCCAUUGCCACAGGGUGUAUGGUGCCUGUAUAUGUGAUCUGGGGCGCUAUGGGAGAUUCUGUCACCUCAGUUGUCCCAGGGGGACCUAUGGAGCUGGCUGUUCUUUGGAAUGCCAGUGUGUGGAGGAGAAUACCCUGGAUUGCAAUGCCAAAAAUGGUAGCUGCACCUGCAAAUCUGGUUACCAAGGCAACAGGUGCCAGGAAGCCUGCCCUGAUGGCCUCUGGGGACCAGAAUGCCAGUUUUCCUGCGGACUCUGUGAAAAUGGAGGUCAUUGCAAUGAAAAGUCUGGGAACUGUGACUGUGCUCCUGGUUACGCAGGAAAAUCCUGUGCCAUGUUCUGCCCACCAGGCACGUAUGGGAAAGACUGUAACCAGGUAUGUCAGUGUUCAGCAAAGAACCAAGACUGUCAUCCAGUCACUGGGAGAUGUACCUGUCUGCCUGGCUACCAUGGGGACCGCUGCCAGCUCCGGUGCCCAAAAGACACUUAUGGUCCAAACUGCCAAGAAACAUGUAAGUGCCUGAAUGGAGGUCAAUGUGGAAGUCCACUUGGCACCUGUACCUGUCCUCCUGGCUUUUUUGGGGCAGACUGCAGUCAAACAUGCCCUGGAGAUUAUUAUGGGCAGGAUUGUGUCCAACGGUGUUUCUGUGGCUCAGGAAAAUGUGAUCCAGUGACAGGAAGGUGUCAUUGUCCACCUGGCCUGAUGGGAUCAAAGUGUCAGCAAGGUUGUCCACAGACAAGAUAUGGCACCAAUUGUGAGCUCAAUUGUAUGUGUAAAAAUGGUGGACUCUGCAAUCCUGUGGAUGGAAGCUGCACCUGUGGCCUUGGGUGGACUGGGGAUUACUGUGAGAAAGCAUGCUCUCCUGGUAAUUAUGGCCCAGACUGCAAAUUCAAUUGCUCAUGUCAGAAUGGUGGUAUUUGCAACAGGCUUUCUGGAGGCUGUGAGUGCCCCGAUGGGUACUAUGGACAAGGCUGUGAACAUGAAUGUCCUCCUGGAUUUCAUGGUUUAAAUUGUGUUCACAUCUGUGACUGCCAGAAUGGAGCCAGUUGUAAUGUAACAAGUGGACUCUGUGUUUGCCCAGCAGGUUUCCAUGGCAACCAUUGUGAACAAGAAUGCCCACUUGGAAUGUUUGGGGAAAAUUGUCAUCAACUUUGUGAUUGUGAAGGAGAAAGUUCUUGCCACCCAAUCACAGGAAAAUGCCUCUGCCCACCAGGGAGGGCAGGAACAAGAUGUGAAACAGAAUGUAAGACAGGCCACUAUGGACCCGACUGCCAGCUGCUAUGUGAAUGCUCCCAGGAAGCUCACUGCAACCCUGUAAAUGGCAGCUGUGUUUGUCCCAGGAGGAGGAUGGGCCCAACCUGUGAGGAGAAUGCCUUGGCUCCUCUUCAGCCUUCGGAAGGCGAAUAGAGCCUCUUUUGCAACUCCUCUCAGCUUAUCAUCUUAACCCUGGCCGGGAAUACAGUCACUGAUCUCCUUCCCAAUCUGGAACAUCACAAAGUGAAAAAGAGACGCCUCAAGUUUACCACACCCAUGCCCGAUUCUCGUUCUUCAGCCCAACCUUGUGAACUUCCUUUCCCUGAAGAACACACUCCAAAAAAAGAGUGUUUGUUCAGGAUCAGAACCACAAUAACAUCUGAACUAAUAAAAGACGCUUUUAAGAAAAUA